AUGUAUGCCAAACUCAAAAAGAAUCCUAAUAAUGAAGAACUUGAAAUAAAACAUUCGGAAAUGAAAAAACAAUUACGUAAAACAAUAUUGAGAGCUAAGCAAGAAUAUUUCGAAAAAUGUGUCGAGGAUAACCAGAACGAAACUGAAGCCUUGUGGAGGUAUGUGCAGAAUUCCUCGAAAAAGGAAACACAAAUCACAAGCAUAAGGACAAAAGAAAAUAGGGUAGUUGAAGAUGAACAAGAAAUAAGCGAUAUAUUUAAUGACUAUUUUAGCGGUAUUGGAGAGAGAUACGCCAACGAAAUAACGGAACCAGCAGAAUUCAGAGAAGAAAAAAUUCAUUCACAAGAAUCUUUUUUUUUAUUUCCCACAGAUUCAGAAGAAAUAGAAAAAGUUAUAAGUAGCCUCAAAUCCAGAAAAUCUACUGGACAUGAUGGAAUUCGCUCGGAAGUUUUGAAACAAGUGAAACAUGAGAUAUCAGAACCUAUCGCCUAUUUGGUUAACAAUUGUUUUGAAAAAGCGUGUUUUCCUGACAUUUUGAAAAUAGGGACAAUAAAACCAUUACACAAAGGCGAAGAUAAAACACAAGUUAACAAUAACAGACCAGUUACUCUUAUAUCCAAUGUAGCUAAAAUAUUUGAAAAGUUCGAAUGGUUGCUUUUAUGA